AUGGGUCUCCAGAGCCGUACAAAAAGAGUACCCAAAGCUGUCUUGGUUGUUCUGUUCAUAUCGGGCAUGAUCUGGAUGCCGUUCUGGAAUGCGUUUAUGUCUCACUACGGAGAGCCGAACAAGAAAGGGAACCCUCCUCUAUUAUGGCCAGGGAGGGGAGCAGUGGCAGCGGACAACAAAUGGUCAGAGGCAAGCUUGACAUCGACUAAGCCGGAACCAUCGAAAGAGCGUAGACCACUCAGUCACCGAGAUUACAACUUAACUUUGGCUGUCUGGACAGCCCAGGUGAUGUACGCUGUGCAAACUCCAGAUUUGAGGGUGGUAUCUUGUGUGCCUCCUAAGAACGGGUGCACUUAUCACAGGAGUCUCCUUCGCAGAAUAUCUGGAAGUGCAGAUUUUGACCGCGUUUAUGCCAUACAUAACUCGACUUGGAGGACGGAGAUAGAGCUUAGUAAUCUCCGGGAGGAGCAAAUAGAGGACAUUUUGGAAAAUGACGAGGUGCUAAAAUAUAUGCUUACUCGAAACCCUAUCACGAGAACACUUUCAGGGUACUUGAAUAAGGUUCAAGAAAAACUUCCUAUUGAGAAGCGAACCGUGACACAUUUUGAGGACUGGGUCCGACAGGAGUUCCCGGAAGGACGACUAACGCAAGAGGGCCGCAUCGAGAUGAAUACGCAUUGGAUGCCGCAGUCGAAGCUGUGUGGUGUGGAGUAUGGCAUCCACAAAUACUUCCGAUUGUUGAAGUUCGAGGAACCAGUUUCAGUUAUCACUUUUAUAUACGAUCAUGUGCCGCGGAAAUUCCUAGAUGAUGGAUGGGGACGUAAAAACAGGGUGAACGUUUCGUUCAGCAACUACAUGCUCGGCCCGAGAAAUCGGACGCAGGGUACAUCAGAAAAGCUGCUGACGUACUUCAGGUCACUGGACACCUUCGAUUAUUUGGCUGGGCAAUUAAGCUUAGAUAUUGAUGAGCUCGGAUAUCGAAAAGAGGUCACGGAAAUGAGGAAUCUAUUGGUAAACAGGGACAAGAAUUCUCAAGGAGGAGGGCUUAGUGGCUACUUUCCACGACUCUACUAUUAA